AUGGAGAGGCAGACUUGUUUCUUUUUAAUCGCUUGUGAGAAUAAGGAUUACAGGCUCUCAAUUUGCAGCAAAAUAUGCUAUGCAAUAGGAGGUGCCCCAAAUAAAGUGGCAGGGAGUGCUGCUGCUUUCUUCCUCCAGAUCUACCUGCUAGAUAUAGCCCACAUAACUCCAUUUCAUGCCUCUUUGGUGCUGUUCAUUGGCAAAGCCUCAGGUGCAGUUACUGAUCCUGUUGCUGGCUUUUUUAUUAGCAAAAGUAGAUGGACAAAAAUUGGACGGCUUAUGCCUUGGAUGCUGGCAUGUACACCCUUCACAGUAAUGUCUUACUUUUUUAUGUGGUACCUGCCUCCUUUUGUAUCAGGAAGAGUUGUAUGGUACUUGACUUUCUACUGCCUUUUCGAAGCACUGACCACACUAUUCCAAGUACCGUACUCUGCCCUCACCAUGUUUCUCAGCACAGACCAGAAGGAGAGAGAUUCUGCAACAGCGUACCGAAUGACCAUGGAAGUGCUUGGGACCUUGAUUGGUGCUGCACUUCAGGGGCAGAUUGUGGCCAGUGCUCAUGUCUCUCAUCACUGCACUGUGAAUCCCCCAGUAAACACAACUGACUCCUGGCAUGACACUCCCAGCUUUCCAGACCCCUCAGAUCCCCUGUCUCAUCAAGCAAAAGUUUAUUUGAUUGCAGCAGGGGUCAUAGGAAGUGUGUAUCUUCUUGGAAUUAUCAUUCUUUUUCUUGGAGUAAAGGAAAAAGAUGAUCCUUACGCCUUAAAUUCAGACAGAGCAAUUCCUUUUUGUAAGGGGCUUGGACUCACCAUGAAGCAUGGUCCAUACAUGAAGCUUACAGCUUCAUUUCUUCUCAUCUCGACAGCAGUUCAGCUGGAGCAGAGCAACUUUGUCCUAUUCUGCACUCACGCUGCUGAUCUUCGCAAUCACUUCCAGUAUUUGGUGGUGACUAUCUUGGUAUCAGCAGCUGUGAGCAUUCCCUUCUGGCAGAAGACUCUGCAGCGAUUUGGCAAGAAGUGUGCAGCAUGUGGGAUUUCGUGGAUGAUUCCUUUUGCAGUCAUGCUAGUCACCAUUCCAAACCUCAUCCUGGCUUACUUUGUGGCCUUUGUGUCUGGUCUGAGCAUCGCAGCAUCUCUUCUGUUGCCAUGGUCAAUGCUGCCUGAUGUUGUUGAUAACUUUCGCCUGCAGAAUCCUCAUGGAAAAGGAUAUGAAACUAUUUUCUAUUCUUCUUAUGUUUUCUUUACCAAGAUGUGCAUUUUCUUAGGAAUUUCUGCAGCGGGACUAGAGUUUACUGGAUACAAGCCAGGGAUAUGCAGACAAUCCAACGAUGUGAUCCUUACACUGAAAAUCCUCAUUGGAGCAGUCCCUGCUAUCCUCAUCCUUGUAGGCUUAUUUAUACUCCUUUUCUACCCGAUCACUGAAGAAAGCCGGAGAGAAACAAAGCUUGCACUUGAGGUGUUAAGGAGGAGCCAUCAAAGCACAGAGAACCUGGACAAAGAGGACACUUCCGUCUGA